AGAUGGUGUAGUUUUGAAAAGGAUUUCGUUUUACGAUAAUUUUGUUAGUGAUUUGUCGUGUUAAAUGCAUCUGUUUGAAAGCAACUUUAUGGAGAACGCAUCAACAAAAAUAUUUUUCUGUUUCUAGCUGAUAGUAAAUAAGCUGAGUUAUUUCAAGAUUAUCUGAUGAAUUUCUAUCAAUAAAAUUAAAACGAUCCAACUAUGAAAGAUUCCAAUGAUAAAGUUACUAAAAUUUCAUUAUCAAAAUCCAAAGAAUUCUUUAUACAUUAUCAACUAUUGAUGUGGAAAAAUUUCUUACUACGUAAAAGACGCCCUGGAUUUCUCUUAGCUGAAAUCUUAGUCCCUUUAAUGAUCCCAAUUAUAUUAGUUGGAAUACGAACUGAAUCACCUCCAGUAAAUGAGAAUACAUGCCAUGUUCGUUCAAUAAAUCUUCCAACAAUGGGUUUAUUCAGUUAUUUACAAUCAAUUGUUUGUAAUUUCCUUUAUCGUUGUCAUUCAAUAGAUCCUGAUAGUACUUCUCAACAGUUUAAUUAUACUGUAUUUGGUAAUUUACUUGAGAAUAUUUCUAGUAUUGUUGGAGAUCUGUUGACUGAAAAUGUAACAAAAGAUUUUCAACAUUUCAAUAUCCCAAAUUUUAUACAAUUUCUUAAUAAUUCCAAUAAUCAAUUAUUUCAACGAAUCAAAUUUGUUUUAUUCAAUAUUCAACAAAUUUACCAAGAUAUUUUUAAUGAAUUAACGAAUGAAAAUGAAUCCCCCAAUGAUUAUAAUGAACAUUUCAAUGAUAUUCAUUAUAAUAAUAAAACAAUCAAUUUUGGUAUAUUUAAUAUAACAAUUAAACAAAUACAUUGGUUAUCAAUUUUAUCUAAAUUUAUAUGUGGUACAAAAACUGCUAAUUUAAAUGAUUUAGGUAAAUUAAUGGAAUUUUUAAAAGAUAUUGAUUUUACAAAUCUUAUUGAUAUAGAAAAAAAAUUAAAACGAAUACAUCGUGAUACAUCAUCACCCCUUCUAUCAACAAUCAAUCAUAUGGAUACCAUAGAAACUAAUUAUAAAAUUAAUUGUAUUACAUUAGAUCAAUUAUUACGUAAUAGUUUAUUAGUACGGUAUACAGGACGUUUAAGAUUUUUAUUAAAUGGUUAUAUUUUUUAUUAUCCUGUUAAUCAAUGGACAAAUGAAAUAAUGUACCGGGUAAUGGAACCACAAAGAUUAUUAAUUUUAUUAAAAAAUAUAUUAAAACAAUAUCAAUUACAAACAAAACCAAUUUUAAAUCAGUUACUAUCUAAUACAACUAUAUUAAAACAAAUAAGAAGUAUGUUAAAAACUUGUAUAAUACAUUCGAAUGGUAUCCUCCAUGGACUGAUUCAAAAGUUUUGUUUAAAUACAUUAAUUUGGUUAAAUCCUGAAAGAACAAAUCAUUUCAAUGAAACUAAUGAUUUAUUGAAUCAACCAAUGAUAUUUCAUCGUAUUAAUAUAAUGAUUGAUAUUAUUAUACAAUUAUUAGAUUGUUUCCCCUUAGCAACACAUAUUUAUGGGGUAAAUAAUCAAUCUAUGUUUAAUGUAUAUAUGAAUUUAUUUAAAUCACAAGUACAUCCAAUUGUUCAAGGUAUUCUAUUUAAUAAUACAAUAUUCUCAUUAAAUAAUAAUGAUAAUCAUUAUCAAUUGAAUAGUAUACAAAAUACAUCAACUAUUAUAACAAUACGUCAAAAUCCUUAUAUUAUAGAUGAUACAAAUAAUUAUAAAGUAUUAGAUCAUACAUGGAAUCCUAAACCACGUAAUAAUGUUAAUGAUGGUGAUACAAAAUAUUUAUCUAGUGGUUUUUUAGAUAUACAAGAUUUAAUUAGUAAUGCUAUUAUUGAAAUAUCUAAUAAUAUACCAGAAAGAAUAAAACAAUUAAAUAAUUCAUGGAAUUCAUGGACUGGAUCAUAUUUGACAUCUUCGUCUCCUUCAACAUCUUCUUCAACUUUAAAUCAUUUAUUAAUUGGUAAACAAAUGAAAUUUUUUCCAACUAAAUGUUAUAAAAAAGAUGAAUUUUUAAUUAAAAUUAAUAAAUUAUUACCACAAUUAUUAUUAUUAACAUGGAUAUUAAAUGCAAUGUUAAUAACAAAAUAUAUUGUAGAAGAAAAAGAGAAUUAUAUAAAAGAAUUUACAAAAAUUAUUGGUUUUACAAAUACUACUUAUUGGUUAAGUUGGUUUAGUAGUAUAUUUAUAAUUGUUUUACCAAUUACUAUAAUUAUUACAUUAAUAUUAAAAUAUGGUAAUAUUUUUAUUAUAAGUAGUAUAUUUAUUAUAUUUUUUUUAUUAAUUUCAUAUAUUAUUUCAAUUAUAAUGUUUUGUUUUUUAUGUUCAAUAUUUUUUCAUAAAUCUAAUUUAAGUGCUAUAGUAACUGGAUUAUUUUAUUUUAUUAUUUAUAUACCAAUACCAUUAAUAUUAAUAAAUGAAAAAUGGAUUAAAAAAGAAAUUAUUUAUAUAACAUCAUUAUCAAAUCAAGUAGCAUUUAGUUUAGGUUUAUAUUCAUUAUUAAGAUUAGAAACACAAAAUUUGGAUACACAAUGGAAUGAGCUAUGGCAACCAAAAUUAAGUGAUUCAUUAUAUUCACCAGGUAAAAGUAUACUCAUGUUAUGGAUUGAUUCUAUAUUAUAUCUAUGUAUGACAUUAUUGAUUGAAUGGAUUAUAUCAAAGAAAUAUAAUAUAUAUCAAUCAAUUUAUUCAAGAAUUAAAUGCCAAAAUUGGAAAAUAUUCAAUAAACAUAAAGAUCAACCUAUAGACUGUAUAAAGAAUGUUAUCUAUAAAGAAGAUGAUGGAAAUGUUCAAUUAUGUAUAGAAUCAAAUCAUGAAUGUUUACCAAUUAGUAUAUCUGUAAAAAAUUUAAGUAAAAUAUACAAUAAAAAAAGUAAACCAGCAUUAGAUCAUUUAAAUAUUGAUUUUUAUACAAAUCAAAUUACAUCACUUUUAGGUCAUAAUGGAUCAGGGAAAUCAACAUUAAUAUCUAUUUUAACAGGUAUACAUAAACCAUCUAAUGGUUUAGCUAUAAUUUGUGGUUAUAAUAUACAUCAACAAAUAAAUCAAAUACGUACAAAUCUAGGUUAUUGUCCACAACAUAAUAUUCUAUUUGAAUAUUUAACUGUUAUUGAACAUAUUAAAUUUUAUGCUAAAUUAAAAGGUUUUAAUAAAGAACAAAUUAACAGGGAAGUAGAAUAUUUUAGUAAUUUAUUAAAUUUAACUAAUAAAUUAAAUGAUCAAGUGAAAACCUUAUCUGGUGGACAAAAACGUAAAUUAUCUAUAGCUAUAGCAUUUGUCGGUCAAGCUUCAGUGAUUUUAUUAGAUGAACCAACAACUGGUGUUGAUCCAUAUUCACGUAGAUCAAUAUGGGAUUUAAUAUUAAAAAUGAAAUUAAAUAAAACUAUUAUUAUAACAACACAUCAUAUGGAUGAAGCAGAUAUAUUAGGAGAUCGUAUAGCUAUUAUAACACAAGGUAAAUUAAAAUGUUAUGGUUCUAGUUUAUUUUUAAAAUCAACAUAUGGACAAGGAUAUUAUUUAAUAUUAGAACGUCAAAAUCAAUUAUUCGAUGAAGAUUCCACCGAAAGUUGUCAUAGUGAUACAUUAACCAAUGAAGAUUUGAAUGAUAUCAUUCAUUAUCUGAAACAAUACAUUAAAGAUAUCAGUUUAAUUAAUUAUAAUCAAAAUGAAAUAAUUUAUCGUAUACCAAUACAAAAUAUUAUUGAUGGUUCAUUAAGUCAAUUAUUUAAACAAUUUGAAAAUCCAUUAUCCCCUAAUGAUCAAAUUAUAUUACCUAUUGAAUUGACAUCCCAUGGGAUAAUUAGUUGUGGAUUAACUGAUACUUCAUUAGAAGAAAUAUUUCUUAAUAUAGCUGAUGAUCCUGCAAUGUUAUUACAAGAUUCAAGUUAUCAUUUGGGUGAUAUGACAACAGCAACUGAUAAUAAGAAUGAUAAUCAAUAUGAAACUGAUGUAAAUAAAAACGAUACAUCAAUAAAUCAAAUACAACAACAACACGGACAACAAACGUUUACUAAUACUGGAUUACGUCAAUCACAAAUGAACAGUUUAAGACAAAGUUCUCAUUUAUCCCAAUUAACAAAUAGAGGCCGAAUUUCAGCUCCACUAACAUUACCUAAUCGUUUUCAUCAUAAACAUUAUCAUUAUAAUAAAACAAAUAAAACAAACAAAUCCAAUGAUACCAUAAACAUUCAUCCAAUAUCCAAUAUGAAUAUACCAUUGAAUCAAUCUAAUACAAGACAACAAAUCAAAGCAAUGUUUAUUAAACGUUUUCAUUAUUUUAAACGAUCUAAAUUAAGUUUAUUUAUUGAAUUUAUUUUACCUAUAUGUGUAUUAAUUUUAGUUUUAAAAUCAUCACAAUUUUUUAAAAAAUCUUCUUUAAAUCAACCAAUGAUUAUUACACCAUGGUUAAUGUCUGAUGAAAACAGUAAACUUCCAUUGAAUACAUUUUAUGAAAAUAAUUUAUAUGAAUUAGAAAAUCCUAUUGAUAAUCUAUUGAAUAAAUCAAAUAUAUUUAAAUCUGUUUUAAAUAUAGCAUGGAAUUAUGAGAAUGCAUUAAAACAACCUUAUGGAUGGACUGGUAUUGGUUGUUUACCUAAAUAUACAUUACAAAAUAUAAAUGCAUAUUAUAAAAUAUAUAAUCAAUGUAAUCAAUCAAAUAUUAAAAUUAUAAAAAAAGAAUUAACUUAUCAACAAAUGAAAUAUAUUCGUUCAUAUCAAUCUAAUGAAUGUUCUUGUAAUAUAUCAUGUUUCAUGAAUAGUUUUACACAAUAUAAACAACAACCAAGUUCUAAAAUUCUACCAACAAAAGAUGUAUUUUUCAAUUUAACAUCAUUUAAAGUAUCAGAUUAUUUAAUAAGAACUCAAAAUCAAUAUAUUAAACAAAGAUAUGGUGGUUUAAGUUAUCAUAUACAUAAUUAUUUAUCAUUACGUAAACUUUCAAAAUAUCUAUUAAAUUCAAAUAAUUUAUUAAUACAUUUAUUGUCUAAUAUGACUAGUAUAUAUGAUUUAAAUGGUAAUCUUACAAUGAAAGAUACUUUUUGGUCUGAUCUAAUUACAUUUAUCCGUUUAUCCUUACCACCUAUAUCAUAUUUUCGUAUAUGGUUUAAUAAUAAAGGUUAUGUAUCUGGACCAGCAUAUUUAAAUACAUUACAUAAUUUACAAUUACAUAUGUUAUAUAAUAAUCAAAUUGUAUUAAAUAAUCAAAAUUAUUCACCAAGUAUUAUAUUUAUUAAUCAUCCAUUAAAUAUAUUAGAUAAUCAUAAAAAUUUAGGUUUACCAACAGAAUUAUUAUAUGAUUUAACAUUAUCAUUAUUUACAUUACUUAGUUUAUCUUUAAUACCAGCUAGUUUUAUAUCAUUUUUAAUUAAUGAAAAUAAUAUCGAUUCAAAACAUUUACAAUAUGUAUCUGGUUUAAAAUCAUUCAUUUAUUGGUUAUGUAAUUAUUUAUGGGAUAUUAUAAAUUAUAUAAUAUGUACUAUACUAUGUAUUAUUAUAUUUAUAUUUUAUCAAAAAUUAGCUUAUAUUCAUAUAAAUGUUAUAUUAUCAUUUAUAUUAUUAUUAUUAUUUUAUGGUAUAGCUAUUAUACCAAUGUUAUAUAUAGCAACUUUUUUUAUUUUAUCACCAAGUACUUCUUUAGUAAUAUUAUCCAUAUUUAAUUUAUUAAUUGGUUCUAUUACAUGUAUAUGUACAUUAAUAUUAGAUGAUUUUUCACAAAAUAAUAUAACAUUAAAUAUAAUUAAUAAUAUUAUUAAAAUUAUAUUUCAUAUAUUUCCACAAUAUUGUUUAAGUCGUGGUUUAUUUGAUUUAUCUAAAAGAUAUUAUUAUAUUAAAUUUAUACAAAAAUAUAAAAUCAAUAAAUCAAUAUUCAAUCAUAAUCAUUAUAAUAAUAUUAAUCCAUUUGAUUGGAAUAUACUUGGUAGUAAAUUAAUUGCAUUAUCAAUUGAAGCUUGUUUAUUUUUUUUAUUUAUUAUAUUUAAAGAAAAUCAAUUUUUUAUUCAAUCUAUUAAUAAUUAUUUUUAUAUAAAUUAUCCUAAAUUAUUAAAAAAACAUAAUAUGAUAUUUAUGAAAAAACUUGAUCGGAUUAAAUCUAAUAAUAAUAAUAAUAAUAAUAAUAAUAAUAAUCGAAGAUCAGAUAUCAAUAAAUCAAUAAAUGAUAAUGAUGAAGAUGAAGAUAAUAAUUCUGAAGAUGAAGAUGUACAUGCUGAAAGACUACGUAUUAUGAAGGCUGACAAAGAAGGUUAUCUUAAUUCUCUAUGUUCAGUUGCAGUUAUUAAUUUAACUAAAUUUUUUCCUCUCAAAAAGAAACCAUCUGUCAAUCGUUUAACUUUUGCAGUUCGUCCUGGAGAAUGUUUUGGAUUACUUGGAGUUAAUGGAGCAGGUAAAACUACAACAUUCAAUAUGAUUACUGGUAAAUUACAUCCAUCCAUGGGAACUGUAUAUGUGAAUGGAUUUAAUGUUGUUACACAAACUAAGAAUGCACUUAAAAAUCUAGGAUAUUGUCCACAAUUUGAUGCUGUUCAUGAUUUAUUAACUGGUAGAGAAACACUUAGUUUAUAUGCUCGUUUACGUGGUUUUCCUGAAAAUGAAAUUUCUAAAACUGUCUCUGAAUUAUUACAAAAUAUGGGUUUAUCACCAUAUGCAGAUAGAAUUACAUCAGCAUAUUCCGGUGGUAAUCGUAGAAAAUUAUCAACUGCAAUUGCUAUUAUUGGUAAACCACAAGUUAUAUUACUUGAUGAACCAACUAGUGGAAUGGAUCCAAUUGGUAAACGUUUUAUGUGGGAUCAAAUUAUAUUACUUAUUAAAGAAGGUCGAUCUAUUAUAUUAACAACUCAUAGUAUGGAAGAAUGUGAAGCAUUAUGUCAAUAUAUUGGUAUUAUGAUUAAUGGUCAAUUAAAAUGUUUUGGUACUAUACAACAUUUAAAAAAUCGUUUUGGUAAUGGUUAUCAAGUUGAUAUACGUUUAAAUCACUUAGUAACUAAUAAUCAAAUUAAUCAAUUAAAAAAUGAAUUUCAUUUAAAAUUUCCUAAUUCAAUAUUAAAUGAAUUACAAUCAUAUUAUUAUAAAUAUCAAAUGGAUAAAAAUAUUCAAUUAUCAUUAUUAUUUACAUUGUUAAAUCAAAUGCAAAUGGAUCAUAUAAUUGAACAUUAUUCUGUAAGACAAACAACAUUAGAUCAAGUAUUUGUAAAUUUUUCACAAGAUGAAAUGAAUCAUAUGGAUAAUGUAAACAAUAUUGAAUUCAUUCAAUAGAAAAUUUAAUUGAAA